CCGAGGUCCCAUGCAUACUCUCACGCCUACCUCAUAUUCGGGUCCUUGACAUUGAAAAGGUCUGGGAAACCCUGGGGCUAAAUUAUCUCAGGCGCGCUCACGGGAUCAGUUGGGCGCGCUCCCGGUGACGAGUGCAGAUUCUCGGCAGUCAGGCAGACAGUCGCGGCUCUCCGGGAUGACUCCCACACUGCCUCAGCGAUGUCGCACCCCAGCACAGUUUUUAUCCUGAAAACCGUCUACCUCAGAGGAUCAUCUGGAGCCUGCGUGUGUGCGACUGUGUGUCCGAGAUGAGCGGCACUGCAGUGCGAUGCUGACAGCAUGUUUCCUCGUCGAGAAGCUCCGCGCUGUGCAGCAUAGAGGAGGCAGCAGAGUGGAACAACGUGCAGUUACAGCGGGCUGUUGCAGUCAGGCAGCAUCAUGGAGGCUGGAUGUGUGGUUGCCGCGGUGAUUGAGAAUGCUGCCUCAGGACCCCAGGGUGAACCAGGAAGUGAUGACGUCCUUGAAGGGGAGUUGCCACAGACGUCUGACCUGGACAAAGACGAUGCCUUACCUCAUGCCACCAACGAUAAUCCUCCAGAAGAGAAACAGCCACAGGAGACAUCCACUGCCAUGGUGAGGAGCGAUGAUAUCACAGAGCUACCAGCUGAGCCCCUCCUGCGCUCCUGCGUCAGCACGGCCAGCAUGAAGGUCAAGAACGUGAAGAAGCUGACAUUCCCUCGAGGUCACUUCCCUAGGUUAGCUGAGUGUGCCCACUUCCACUAUGAGACUGCUGACUUUGGCACCGUUCAGUUGGCUCUUGCAGAGGGGCAGAGUGAAGGACCGAAGCCUGGUCUGGACUCCAAAGAGCUGGUCUUUCUGGUCCAGAUCACUUGCCAGGGUAAAAACUGGCUGGUAAAGAGGUCCUACGAAGACUUCCGUGUGCUUGACAAACACCUGCACUUGUGUAUCUAUGACCGCCGAUACUCACAGCUCACAGAGCUGCCACGACAUGACACACUGAAGGAAACUGUUGAGGCAGUCACCAAGAUGUUGGCUACCUAUCUCUCCCGCUUCUCUGCCAUUGCUGACAAUAAGAUCAACUGUGGUCCAGUACUAACAUGGAUGGAGAUUGACAACAAAGGGAACCAUCUGUUAGUGUCUGAAGAAGCCUCGAUCAACGUCCCUGCCAUCGCUGCUGCCCACGUCACUAAACGUUACACAGCCCAAGCCACAGAUGAGUUAACUUUUGAGGUCGGGGACAUCGUGUCAGUCAUAGACAUGCCUCCUAAAGAAGACACGGGCUGGUGGAGAGGGAAACAUGGCUUUCAGGUUGGAUUCUUCCCCUGCGACUGUGUUGAGCUGAUAAAUGACAAGAUUCCCCCCAGCGUUCAAAGCUCGGUGCCAAAGCCAGUGUGUAAGAAGCAUGGGAAGCUGGUAACCUUCCUGAGGAGUUUCAUGAAGUCUCGACCGCCACCGCAGAAGCUGCGGCAGCGGGGAAUCCUCAGAGAGAGAGUGUUUGGCUGCGACCUUGGGGAACAUCUCCACAACUCAGGACAUGAAGUCCCACAGGUUGUAAAGAGCUGUGCUGAGUUCAUAGAGAAACACGGAGUCGUGGAUGGAAUAUACAGACUGUCUGGAAUCUCCUCUAACAUCCAGAAACUGAGGCACGAGUUCGACUCAGAACAGAUCCCAGACCUGAGCAGGGACGUCUUCAGACAGGAUAUACACUCAGUGGGCUCCCUUUGUAAGCUGUACUUCAGAGAGCUGCCGAACCCUCUGCUCACCUAUCAGCUCUACGAUAGAUUCUCAGAGGCUGUGUCUGCAGCCACAGAUGAGGAGAGGCUGGUCAAAAUCCACAAUGUCAUCCAACAGCUGCCUCCUCCACACUACAGGACUCUGGAGUACCUCAUGAGACACCUCUCCCACUUGGCUACCUUUAGCUCCAUCACCAACAUGCACACUAAAAACUUAGCCAUUGUCUGGGCUCCUAACCUCCUCAGGUCCAGACAGAUCGAGUCGGCCUGUUUUAGCGGCACAGCGGCAUUUAUGGAGGUACGGAUCCAGUCAGUGGUGGUGGAGUUCAUCCUGAACAACACUGAGGCUCUCUUCAGUCCCAAACUCAAUGCCAUCAUACGGGAAAGCACAGGAAACAACACUUUAUCCCGACCUAAGUCCCUGCUGGUCUGCUCCCCAUCCACAAAGUUACUGUCUCUGGAGGAGGCGCAGGCCCGCACUCAGGCACACCUCAGCUCCCCAGCCACCACGCCAUGCCUGACCCACAGUGACUACAUUGAGGUUGGGGAGGGACCCGGAGCUCUGCUUGGCAAGUUCCACACAGUCAUCGAGCUCCCCAUGGAGAGCACCAAGAGGCCUCCUGUUAAAGCUAAGAAGUCUCCUGUGGGGAACUGGCGCUCCUUUUUCCACCUGGGCAAGUCCCAGUCUGUAUCCAAACGUAAGCUGAAGCGACACCCCAGUGAGCCCAACGAGAUAAAGAGCAUUGCACUGCCAGGGGGACGAGGAGAUAGCGGCACAUUACGCUCUACCAAAAGUGAGGAGUCUCUCACCUCUUUGCACAAUGUGGAAGGGGAACCUCCUAACUACCGCCGGCGUAGACCUCGUUCGACCAGUGAGGCCCACUCAGCCACCUGUAAAGAUGACCUAAGCAAACCUAGAAGCAAAGAUGAACCCAAAACCUACUCGUUGAAUGAGAGUUAUUAUGGUGCCGAUCAUGUCCGCAGCACUGCAUGUAUUUCACCUCCACACCAAGAAGACGAUCUGGAUCUUUGUCCACCUGCUGCAGGCAUUUUUAGUUUGGACUUUGACCCUAUGUCUUUUCAGUUCAGUCCGCCCUCAGGGACACCUGGGCCGCAAUCCAACAAAGAUGGAACUAAAUGGAGGAAGAGUGCAGGGUUCUCUAGUGAAUCAGAGCCCAUCUCCUCCCCUAACAACAACAUUAGCUGUUCCCAGUCUCCAGAUAUUAGCCCUGUUCUUGGUAAAAGUGGGAAGAAGGUGACCUCGAAACAGCUUUCUCCUAAACUCAGGAAGAAAUCUCUAAAAACGCAAGCAGAUGUGCAGAAUGCAUCUGUCAGUCCUCCACCUCUUCCUUCCUCUUCCCCUCCUUUGGACAAGCAUGAAGCUCCACUGGCUGAUGGAAAAGAGCUGAGAGCACCUUUCCCACACUGCAGCCCACUCAGCACAGCGAGCCAGGCAUCAGGCCUGACCGAUUCUGCACAGAACCUGCCUGAUCCAGGAACAGAUAGACUUAUGAGUUCAGUAUCUGUUCUCCCUCCUCACCCCCCCUUGACGAGUGCUGCCCGCAAGCUGGCCUUGGCUCUGGCUGAAUCUGCCCAUAAAGCCAGCAGUGGUUCCCAGAGAAGAACUGUCUCAUCACGCCCUCUCCAGAGACAGGAAGCUGCCUACGCCGAGGAGCGACCACCCAGGCCUUCAGUUCUGGAUCUUAAUCUGUAUCCCCAGGAGUACUAUGGCCCUCAUGCCCCAUCUGCUUCCCACUGGCAAACAUCAGUGCAUGGCCCCAUGGAGAGCCCUUGCUGCCCUCAUCCAGUCCAUUUCCUUCCUGCGCACCUUGACCCGGAGCCUUUACAUGUUGCUGACGGACAGGAGAGCAUGUGCAAUUUCACCCCAAACGUAAGUCCACUGGGGUCAGGGAGCUUGGAUGAAGGUAGUACAGAGAGGAGAAACCGCAGAGAGGAAAAAGACUUCAGAGACAUUACACAAGCAGAACCCACCUAUCAUAGUGUUGGCGUUUCAACACCAACUCAACCCGUCUGCUCCGCUGAGAGUCCGUCAACCUCUCCCAUAUAUGUGAACACCGACUCUGUCAAUGUGUUUAACUUCCGCGCUAUUCUGGCAGAGACCUCCAUGCCUGCCUCAGUUGAGGAGGUCCUUCCACGUCCUUUACAGCCUUCCUCCUCUCAUCACUAUAGCACAGAGGACCACAGGCCUCUGGGCCUUGUUGAGGAUUUCUACAGUCAUCAUCCUCAGCAUCAUCCCCGUCAGUCCUAUCAAAGUGGACGAAUGCCUGCACAUCACUGCCCUCGGCCUAGUGCGCUGCCACAUCAUCUCGUGGGGCCAAAGAGUUUGUACAGGCAGUCUUCUGAAGGACGCUAUAGCAGUUUAGGGCUACGACACCCUCUGUCACCCCAGUACAGACGUCACUAUAGAGGGGAGCAGCCUAUGAGGGGCUCCCCGAGGCAACAAGGCCAAUGGCAGAGAUCAGAAGAUAGAAUAGUGAGGCACCCAGCCAUCCGGAGGGCUCGAUCCUUUCAUGCCCCUCAUGUUAGUCACUACGAGCUGGCCGAGACAGAAGUGCUGCCCCCUGACACCAUGUUUUAUGUCGAGCAGACAGCACACCAGGAGGUGCCCUACCAGAGGCUAAUUCAGACCGGCAUCCAUCCUGUCAGGCCACACUUUGAGAACCCACGGUCCGACUAUUGCUACAGCCCUUACUCUGAUAUGAACCAAGUAGAUGUCAGCCACUAUUACGUAGAGCCUAGCAGGCAACGUGGUAUCCAACACAGUCAGUCCUAUACCAUUCGUUCCUCAAGGGAAAGUGGACAGCCAGAUUACUAUAACUACUCUCCACAACGAGUUCCUCCUGCGAACAGGGAGCUUUACAUAGAAAGCAGGGACACUGUGGUUUAUGAGGCCAGAGAUGCAGAAGUGUUUGAGCGAGUAAUAUACCAACCAGUCAAGCAGGAGAGUAAAUCCAGACAUAAAAAUACGUGUCCCGUUGUGUCACCUCUUGACAGCCCUGAAUCACCCACUGAUAUGAGAAGCAGAAAUAUAAUGCACACACGAAGCAAGUCAGACCCUGGAAACGCCUGCCUCCUCUCCGCCAACAGGGCUGAAGAUGACAAUGUUGUUGAUACAUCCCCACCUUCCCCGAGAUCCCACCAAGAGGAUCUUGAGGUCACCAGGCAGCAGUAUAGUCACCGGUCAAGUGCUGAUCCUGGAAAGUCCCGACAGAGUCGCAUCCAAGAUAGAUCCUCCCAUCAGCCACCUCUUCGAAAAGUCCCCUCGCUUCCAGAAAGAGGCUGUACCAACCUCAAGAACGUCGAGCACAAUGACAGAAGUCAAAUACGAGGUCACGACCAAAAUCGACCAAUGUUAUCCAAUGCUGUAAACAGCUACACUGGUCUUGUGAAACCCAGCAUCCUAAGGAGACCGGGGAGGUCGCAGAGCACCAGGGAACAUCGACACUACUAUCAUCAUCAUGCCAAAUCCCCUCUGGAUCCUGAACAUCUGGGAUCCUUCUCUGCUCAGCCCACCAGAAGGACUCAGAGCACUAAAGUCAGACCCACACAAUAUGACCACAUGGAGGGUUAUUACGCAGCACCAAGACCUAAAACCACAAGAUCUGGUAAAGCCAUGGCUGGAUAUCUUCCUGGCCCAGGCUGCAUGUCUCCCCGUGGGCAAAGACUGCUGUCCAAGGCUCUGGGUCAUGAGGCUUUUUAUCAAGCUGCACUCAGAUCAGAGGCUGGGGUCUAUGAGUGAUUCUGACCACUAAUUCUGUCUGAUUCUACAUCGGGGCCAAAGGAGAACAGCACUUUAUCCUCCAGACCAACAGACUGUUGUGUUCAAGUGUUUGUUUUAACAUUCAGGAGCUGCUAAAAAGUGUGAAGUGAGCCUGCUGCUGGGAAUCAUACUGUCGCCAUCACCGGUAGUUUCAUAGUUGCAAUUUCUUGAGGAAGUUCAAAGGAAAAAUGUGAAUCAUAUGCAGAAACUGUCUUAAAUGUAGUGAUUUGAAAGUAACACGCAAGAGGCAUGUUUGAGAAAUUUGAUGGCUUAUAUAUUUUAUUUAAUGUGUAAACAACAUGAAACAAAAACUUAAGUAUUUGGUUCUAAUAAUGAGUUCAGUGUAGGAAUGUGUAUAAAUUAACUUUCAUUUCAAAUGUAUUAUAUUUGUAUAAACGACACACAGCUGACAUGUGGCCAAUGUACUGUAAAUUUUGUUUUCUAUUGUAGUCUGCUCAGACUUCAACAAGCACUUUUGAGGAUAACUGUAUGAAACACAUUAACUUAAUGUGGUGUACAUGAAGCCUCUUGAUAUACAGUAUAUUUUUUGUGUAAAAAAACAGCUUGCUUUGAAUCAUUGUUGAAUACUAAAUUAGCACUUUGGGGGGUAAAAUGAAAAAAAAAAUCAUGUUUCUAACUUUUCACUUUUUCUUUAUCACACAUUGUGUAAUGCAAUCUUAAAAUAACAAUGAGUGCUAUGAUUUCAUCUAAGGUCAAAGCUACUGUGGCUAAAUAUGCUAGUUAUACAGUACAUGCAAAUGAGCUUAUUCGGUAAAGUGUAUUUUGUAUGGCAUUGUGGUUUUGUCACUAAAUGAAAUUUUCUUCCUCUUUUAGGGAACUUUUAACAACGUGUUGUUUUAAAUAAAAUAUGAUGUUGUUUUAUUCAUUAAAGAUGCUAUUUCAAAUCCAAACAUGUAGAUGAGGAUAUUCUGUUAAGACAUGUUUAAAUGCAUUAUUUUAGUAUGAGUCCUA